GAUAAGACUGGACAGCUCAAAACGAUAGCGCUUCAGCGUAAACAGACCAGCAAACGUCAAAAAUCAAGUCGUCGGAACUAGAAAAUCCAAAUUGGAACUAAAAACGGCCCGCUCCAACGAGUGCAACUCAAUGUUUGUUGUCGUCGUCGUUGUUAUGUUGUCAAACAUUUAUUUUGACCUUCCAACAGUGAGGUUUCAAUGUUAGCUCGUUAGCUCGCCAGUUUCAGCUUUAUCAAUGUUGACAUCAGUCGUCUUGAUGAUGCUCGCGCCAGCCGACAAGGGUGAUGAACCCUAAACAACACAGUCCCGCCAUGUCCGAGAAUGGACAGCUUUGCCUUCUGGGCGGUUUGGCCACGAGCCGCCGGGGAAGACAGAUGUACAGAAGUUCGGCCCAUUCCCAAAGCCUUCUGGACAGCCUGCUGGGGCUGCGGCAAGCUGGAAUCCUGUCCGACGUCGUGCUUCUAGUGGAGGGUCGAACCAUCCCCGGUCAUCGUGUGCUUCUCGCUGCCUCCUGUGAUUACUUUCGGGGGAUGUUCACAGCAGGCCUCCGGGAAAUGCAGCAGAAUGAGAUCCCAAUUCACGGAGUGUCAUAUUUGGGAAUGAGCAAAAUAAUGGACUACAUCUACACUUCAAAGAUCGAGUUAGACCUGGACUGUGUGCAGGAAGUUCUGAUAGCAGCUACAUUGGUGCAGCUUGAGGAUGUGAUUGGCUUCUGCUGCGAGUUCCUCUUCUCCUGGCUGGAUGAGAGCAACAUAUUGGAGAUCCAUCAUCUUGCUGAUGUCUAUGGACUGCAGCAGCUCAAGGCCAGAGUCCACGCUCACCUCCUGAGCAACCUCCAGGCUUUGUCCCGUACAGACGUUUACAGACAGUUCCCCGAAAAGGAAAUAUUCCAAGUACUGAGUAGCGAUGAGCUGGAAGUGCAAAGUGAAAACGAAGUGUAUGAGGCAGCGCUUCACUACCACUACAGUCCUGAGCAGGUGGAGAGUGACCAAGUGUACUUGCAGGUCAGUCAGGACCAUCUUGAGAUGCUAGAUGCUGUGCGCUUCUGCCUAAUGGAGAAACAAACACUAAAGAGGUUACACAACAAACUUGAGCAGUGCCCGCUAAAAGAAGCCGUGUCCGCUGCUCUCCAUUACCACGAGCACGAGAUAUGGCAACCUGUUCUUCAGAGUCCUCUCACACAGCCUCGUUCUACCUUCCACUGUAUUUUGGCCUUUGGAGGGAUGUUCACGUCUCCGUCUCAUAUGGACAUCGAACACAUGUUCCAGGUAUUCCACCCCAGCUGGAAGGAGUGGAGAACUCUUAAUGCAGCCAAUAGUCCUCGAAUGUCCAACCAGGGAGUUGCUGUCCUAAACAAUUUUGUGUAUCUUAUUGGUGGAGACAGAAACACCAGUGGAUUUCGUGCAGAGACCCGUUGCUCCAGAUAUGACCCUCGUCACAACACUUGGUGCGCUAUCAAGCCGUUGCAGCAACAGCACGCGGAUCACUGCGUGUGUGUGGUGGGCGGCCAUAUUUACGCCAUCGGAGGUCGAGACUACAGCAAGGACCUCCACUCGGUGGAGCGCUACGACCCGCACACCAACACCUGGGAGUUUGUGGCCCCUCUCACCAGAGAGGUUUAUGCUCAUGCUGGAGCUGUGCUAGAUGGCAAAAUUUACAUUACCUGUGGACGCAGAGGGCGGGCAUACCUGAGGGAGACCAGUUGUUUUGACCCGGCAGCCAACCAGUGGACAUUCUGUGCGGACGGGCCGCUGGGGCGAGCGUGGCACGGAAUGGCUGCUGUGAACGGACGCCUGUAUGUCAUUGGGGGAAGCAAUGAUGAGCAUGGCUACCGGAGGGAUGUCUUACAGACUGCAUGCUUUGAGCCCUCAGACAACUCUUGGACCUUACUGAGCCCACUCCCCGCCGGCCACGGGGAACCCGGUAUAGCAGUACUGAACGAUCGCAUUUACGUGCUGGGAGGUCGCUCUCAUAACAAAGGCGACCGCAUGAAAUACGUUCACGUGUUCAACCCCGACGCCGACGAGUGGGAGAGCGACACGCCGUUUAAGGACCGCGUCUCGGGUCUGGCGGCCUGCGUGGUGCUCAUGCCGCCAGCUGUGAUGGAGCUCGCCAACAGCUUGGAGCAGAAUCUCAAGGCAUCGUUGCUUGAUGAACUACUCAGUUCACAGACAAGCACGGAUGAAGACUAAUGGGUACGUGACUGAGCGUUAAUGAUGUUAAGGUACCGUCCUUCAUGUUAUUUUUAGAAGCAUUAUGUCACGCUUAUUGCCCUUAUUUAGUGCCUAUGGAAAGACAUUAAAUUUGCACAUUCAACAUUAAAUCUCCAAAUACGGAGUUCAUUGGAGCCCCGUUUUUUAUAGUGCUUGUCCUCAUGAUUCCAUUAACCCUUUACAGGUCGCUCAUGUAACUCAUUGGCUGCCAUUGACAGCGCUAGAUGUCCAAUCCAUUUUAACUUAACAACAGUCAAAAUAGAUUGGACGUCUAGCACCGUCAACUGACUGAAUUCAUUUAGAGCCAGUCCUAUUAGUUGAAGUGAAUUGGAUGUCUAUUUUCAUUGGCAGGCAAUGAAUUAAAUAUGAUGAAAAAAACAACUUUAGAGUGAUGAUGAUGAUGGGGAUUUUUUUCUCAUCUUUUGUUUAAAUUGUGUUUUUCCUACCAUUUAAUUGAAUCAUAAUUAUUUAUUAAUUGAAAGCAUGAAAUAAAAAUCAUAUCAAAACCAUACAAUAAAGAAUAAUACAAAACCAUACAAUAAAGAAUAAUACCAAAAAUAUAAUUGUAAUUGAGUUGUCCACAUAUGUGGAUAUUAUAUUUUGGGUCAUGUAGGCCACACUUGUGUACCAAAUGUUCAUAUUGUCUUUAUGUGGCAAUGUUAAUAGUAAAUUAUUAAAAAUUGUCACUUGCCCUGUUAAAGGGUUAAAUACUACUAUAACAUCAUAAUUGUAUAAACCAGGGAUGUUCAAACCAGUCCUCAAGGGCCACUGUGUGUUGUGCAAGUUUUUGUUCUAAAUGAUCAGCACACACUUUAACCAAUAAGGUUUUUGCUGGAACAAGGUGCAUUGAACUGAUUACACCCAAAAGACACCAGAUUGGUGAGAAGGUGUCCUCUUGAUUUCUUAGAAUAUACAUUGCGGCCGUUUGUGAAGUAGUUCGGAGACCCCUGGUGUAAACCAUCAAUACUACUACUGCCAAUUACAACAUAAGGACCUUAUUUAAUAACAUGACAAAAACAAACAAAAAAACACAGUGUAUUUACCAGAGAUGCUAAUUAUUCAAACAUUUAAUUUGUGCAGAUUACUACUGACUACUCAGUCACGUCUCAUUGCAAAGUAGUUUUUAAUACAUCAGCUAGCCCAACUAAUUCUGGACACAAACAAACGUGACAACCUCAGCUGCAUGUUUCAGAAUGUCAGAAGAAGCCAGAGAAAAUCCCCGAGUUCACACAACAGCAAGAUUCGAAAGCCAAACUAAAAACAGUGAGGUAGAUACUUUAACGGUUUCAUUCUGUAUUGACACAAAUGAGGCAAAACACAGCUUUGAAUAACAAAUGUAUUCCUCUUACAUGAUCAAGGAAAUGGAGUAAAAUGCUUUUUCCACCAAAAAUGAGAUCAGCUGAAAAAAUAGUGCAAGUGACAAAUCUGUUGUGACAUAAGUAUGUAUAUUAAAGGGAUGCAAUAGCAUGUUUGAUGAAACUAAUGACAUUUUUAUGGCCUGUCAGGGUGUCUUUAUGCAGUUAUCUGCAGUGUCUACUGACUAUGCAACACGUGGAGAAAGCCGCUGAAUUGUGUGAUUUUACAAGAUUUUACAUCAAAUGUGUUCUGAAUGCUUCCUUUUGUUGUUUAAUCCCGAAUGAUAGCUGCACUAUCCAUUGCAAAGAAUGUUACUUUGUUUGUUCUGAGAGCCCUCUAUUGGAUAUUUUUUAUCAGGUCGACUCUUAAUAUUAGGGAUGUCUCGAUCCGAUCACGUGAUCAGAAAUCGGGCCAAUCGGGCCAUUUUUCAGAGGAUCGGAAUCGUGGUGAAAAAGGAUAGGGUUGUUAAAAAAACAAAAAAAUUAAAAUGUUUUUCUGCUACAUGCUCGUACAGCCUCUCACUGUCCCUCCUGCUGCUUUUCUUGGUCAGCAGUGCACUGGAGCUUGCUUGUUAAAGUUAACAAUGAUUGGCAGUCGUUGAUCUUGCCAGAGAAGCUUGAUAGCGCUACCUUCAAAGGUGCCGAAUGUGUCAAUCAUUGUUUAGCAUGUCAAACACUAGCGGUAGUGCGACGCGGCAUUGUUUGUGUGUAAAUCCCCUUUCAGACUUAUAUCACGGUAAAUUCCCACGUAAGGUGACGCAGAAUUUACCCGGGAUUUAUCAGUGUCAUGGUUUUCAGACAUGGGGAGAUUUGGGUUGGACACUUUCAGACUUGUCCAGUGUUGGUGACUCGGCUCUCCCUGUGCAGGGAUGGCGGAGGAUAGGAUUUUAUAACCCGGACAUGACGUCAUUUUUGGUCAGCAUCGGCAGCAAAAUAAACCACACAUUUCCAAAGAUGGACGAUGGACUGUCUCUUACUUGGCUCAACAAUCCAGUAGCAAUUUAAUUUUGUGAUGUUCCAGUUUAAUUUGGCUAUUUCCAGUUUGCCAUGUUGAUAAUUGCAAUGUUUGUUUACUGCUUCACGUCUUACUGCGAAGAUAUUUACGUCAUCAGCCUUCGCGCUGUGACCUGGAAAUUCACCGGCUGCUUUCACAUAUGCCACGUCCAGGAUAAGUCUCGGACGUUAUACUAGGACGCGACCCGGUUAAAUUUCUUUGUCAUCUCCAUGUCAGUCAACCUGGGAAAUUGCUUUCACAAAUAAGGGCUACCCGUUAAAUCCCGCGAAUUAACUUGAGUUCAGGUAUAUGUGAAAGGUGCUUAAGUGAGCGACUGUUCUUGAUAGCAUGGGUGGAUUUGUGUGGAUUCACUCAAUGAAACAUUUAAUAAAGAUAAGCAUUUUUCUACGUUUUUCUUGUUUAAAAAGUAAUUCACAUUAUGAAGGCGGCACAGUGGACGUAACAUGUUUAAAACUUGUUUUAUCUUUUGAACAACACUUUUUUUUCAGUAUCGGAUCGGAUAUCAAAAUCAGGUGACUCGGACUCGGGUGCAAAAAUAUGUGAUCGGGACAUCCCUACUUAAUAUAGUGGCUUUUUGACCAGCACAUGUGUAAGCUUGUAUGGUGGUUAAAAAGUCUACACACCCCUGCUCAAAUGUGUGGGUUUAUUUUUGUUUUGAUUCAGUUCUUAAAAAAAAAAAAAAAAAAAAAUCUUAUUAUUUAUUUGUUUGAAUUAAAUUUGGUUAUUUAGGUUUUAUUAGUGGGGAAAGGUAUGAACGGAUUCAACUUUGUCUAAAUUUUUCUAGCUCAAAAAACAUACAUUUGAAUUCAAAUGUUUAGGCUUUCUAUUUCCACUGAAUAUUCAUGUAUGUUUUGAGGUUUGGUAGAGAUGAGCCUUACAGUUGAAUGGACUGUGCCUCCUGUUUUGCGAUAUUGUUGCAUCUAUUCAUAAUGACUUUUAGAUACAGACCUCAUUUUUAAAGGAGAUCUAAUCCCAAAACCACAGUUCUCUUGCUGCAGACCAAAACUAGUACAAAGGUCCGACAUCUUUGGUUUACUUACCCUUUAAAUAUUUAUCUUCUUGUUGGGAUUUUGGGUGUGUGCGUGCGUAUCUGUGGUGUGUGUGUUUAAUAAAAAAUCACUACUGUCACUUUUGUGUUCUUCCACACUAUUAUGACUUGAAGUGCACAUUAUAGAAUCUGGUGUUAUCCCAGCGAUCACACAACUCUCAUAAUUUGAUCGCUUACGGUUUAAUAUUUCACUUAUUUAAUAAUGCACAUAAGGUAAAAAGUUGCUAUUUUUCGAAAGGGGGUGGAUGAAUUACCUGACAAUGUUUGUGGUGUUAAAAAUAUCAAGCAAUAUUAUUUUCACUUCCAUUUAUCUCGUUAAGCCUGUAAUCCAAGUUGUACAAAUGCUGGAAAAAAAGAAUAAAGACUAAUACUGUAUAUACACUUUUCUGUGUUCCUGUCUAAUCAUGUAAAAGCAGGGGUUUUAUUAUACAUUUAA